AUGGCCUCGCUGCUCACUCCUUAUCCGCAAGUCACAGCGACCCUGGUUCUGCUCAUGUCUGUGCUCGGUUUGGCUGCUGCUGGGAAGCUGCUGGUGGUGGCGCCGGAUGGGAGUCCUUGGUUCACCACGCGGGAAAUACUGGAUAGUCUCAGGCAGAAGGGACAUGAAAUAGUCGUCAUUGCACCUGAAUACGGUUUACACAUAAAGCCGACAGAGAAUUUUGUUAUGAAAUUGUACCCAGUCCCUUACACACAGGAAGAGAUGGAUGAAACUUUCGGGACAUUUUUUCAAGUCGUUCAUGAAGAAGGAUCUUUUCUGGAAAGAUUUUUUAAAGUAUACCAGAGACUGAAAGGCUUCUCUGCCAUGACUCUCUCUACCUGUGCACACUUACUGUACAACAAAGAGCUUGUCACAUAUCUUGAGGAGAGCAAGUUUGAUGCUGUCUUCACAGACCCUGUAAUACCCUGUGGGCAAAUACUGGCUGAGCAUCUUUCAGUUCCUUCCGUGCUUUUUUUUCGGGUAAUGCCAUGUGGUUUAGAUUUUCAAGCCACUCAGUGUCCCAAUCCCCCUUCUUAUGUCCCUCAUACAGACCAUAUGAACUUUUUCCAGCGGGUGAAGAAUCUAUUCUUUCACAUCCCAAAUUAUUUUUUCUGUGAGUUUAUUAUUCAACCAUAUACAAAACUGGCUUCUGAGUUCCUGCAGCGGGCUGUGACUGUGCCGAAUCUCUUUCGUAAGGCUUCUGUUUGGCUCAUGAGGUUAGAUUUUGUGUUAGACUAUCCAAGACCUUUGAUGCCCAAUAUGAUUUUCGUUGGAGGAGUAAACUGUGCUCACAAGAAGCUACCUCAG